AUGAUGAUUAACGACAAUUUGGAAAAUAGUGGUACCAUAGAGCACCACGGUAACCUUAAUGGCAGUGGCCCUCUGAUUCCUUUUCAUCCUAAGCUGGCUGAAAAUUCCGCUGUUUUUGAUAAACAUUUCAAAGAUAUAUCGCAGUUUAUUUAUUUGGAAGCUGCAGAAGGAGCGCAAAAACAGGGUCACAGGCAACAGCAUCUAACAACAAGUGGAAAUGGUUUAGAACCAUCAUCAUCAUCAUCAUCAUCAUCAUCAUCAUCAUCAUCAUCAUCAUCAGCAUCUUUUUCUUCAACGUCAACUUCAUCACUUGAUAUUACAUCAGUGCAAAAUAAUGAAAACUUAAAAGAUGAUUUUAGUGAAUUUAUUGAUAUUCCAAAUUUACUAUCAGAUAACGAAUCUGAUCAAAUAACAACUCAAAAGGGUAAAGAUGAUCAAACCUCCGCUUCUAUUGCAAGUGUGCAAGAGUCCAUAUUCUCCCCUGGACCACUACCACUAUCACACGCAACAGCUGGAGGAGGAGGAGGAGGAGGAGGAGGAGGAGGAGUUGUGUCUACAUCCGAGACAAGUUCCCAACAAAAUCAGCAAACUACAAGAGAUAAAGUGACUAGCCAGCCUAGAGCUAUUGGUUAUAACCACAAAAUAUUGUGCGAUUCCAGCAGCAUUUCACCACAAACAUUCAAACGUCAACGUGAUCAGUUAAUGACAAUAAUUGUCAAGUAUGUGGCUACCAAGAUAUUCAAUACCUUCCCGCCUGAUUCAUCAAGAAAGCCCAAGAGCAAACCAGAAUUACCCUUGGACAAAUUCUUACUCAUAUUGACCAGUAGACUACGCUGUACCCUUUCUACGUUUUUGAAAAGUAUCAUAUAUUUGUUUAGAUAUAUGGACAUAAUUUAUCUAUUAAGGUACCUUAACCAAACAAAUAAUUUUGUUCAGUAUAAUGAUAUGGGAUUUGAGUUGAAGAAAUUGAUUAUUGGUUGUUUUAAGUUGACGAUAUUAAAAGAAAACAAGAUGAAAAGAAGAAAAGAGAGUCGAGUAGAGAUUGAUUGGGAAGCAAUUAGCGGGUUGAAAAAUCAUGAGAUAAAUGUUAUUGUUAAGCAAUUGAUUGACAGAAUGAAUGGGAAAUUGAAUAUCAAGGAGAUUGAGUUGGUUAGGAUGAAGAAUGAGAUGUUUAGGUUUGUUAAAAUGAUUUCUGUGGAAAACUGA